UCUUCCCUCCUGUUGAGCAGCUCGGACCGGCGGCCGCUUAAAGCGUGCGUCAGUGGCGUCAUACCCGCGCUCAUUACGCACGUCCCCGGUGUGCCGCAGGUGCAGCCUUGGACACACCCACAAGGCAAACUCCUGUCAGGCAAGCAGAGAGUGGAGCCUGUCAGUCUACAGCAGAGCCCCGCAGAGGGAACACGACAGUCUCCAGAGUUCCAGAGAAACAGAGAGGACUUCCCUGCUUCACUAGACAAACUACGGCAGCUGAUAGAAGACAAAGUUCACUUCCUACAAUCCCCCGACACUGAGGAGCAACAGGGUUCGGUGUGUGAGGAGAACACAGGGAGAGGAGGAUUGUGGAGGUUUGCUGUUUUGAGUGAGGAGCUGACCUUUCACCUCCAGCAGCUGCAGAGACAGACAGAGCAGGAGCUCGGCAAUAUACACAUUCAACUCUCGCAGAUUGAAGGCCGCCAGCAGCUGUUGACCUCUGAGCUUUUAAAUCUUCAGGAGAAGAAGAAACAGACGGAACAAGAGCUGAAGAGAAACUCCAGCCUUCAGAUUUCCACUUUUCAGCUGUGUGCUUUUCGGGAGCUUCAGACGUCGGUCACUGAGCGUUUGCUCCAAUCAGAGAGGUUGGUGUUCCAGGAGGAGGCACUGAGCGCGCUCUGUAACUUACUGACCCAAGACCUGCAGAGGUACCAGGAAGAGACGCAGAGACUGAGCUGUUUCACACAGAACAUCCUCAAACAAGCCCACAGAGAAGAAAGGUUCGCCAGCAGUCAGAGCGCCAGCAGCAUGCAGGGAAAGAACGAGACAGAGCAGGAGAACAACAUGCAUGCGCCCGAGUCAUCUUCCUCCCAAUCACCAGUUAGUCCUCACCAGACUACCAAUGAAGACGAGGCAGAGCAGGCCUGGAAAACCAGUCAUAAGAAACCCGCUACAGGUCUGUCCCGCAGUUCAAACCUGCGCCGAGCUGGCAGCGUCAAAGACCUGAUCAGUAGAUUCUCUGGUCCAGAUCAAGUCUCGUCUUCAGGUUCCCCACAAGACCCCUCAUCUGGAACAGUAAAAGUCACAAAGCCCAGCUUGGCAGUGGCUCCCGAGUCUCCGAAGUCCAAGUCAAGUGAAGGACGAGAUGAGGCCCCGUUUCCCAGCAUCACUGUGACCCCUGCCAGUCCGAACGUGGCUCAAUCAGCUCAGACAGGCACCUAUACUAGUAAGAUCAGUGCGAGAAUUGAUUGUCCAGUAGGAGGCAGCACUGAGAAGACUCACUCAGAAUCCAGGAGCAAAACACAAACCACAGACUCUGGUAGAGACUCGGUGGCUGACUCCGGCAUGGGAUCGGAGUCUGAGUUUGAGCCCAACAAGCAGCCGGACAGCCCAUCAGAGGACGAGCCCACCACACCGCGAGCUGUGACGACCAGCCAGAACCCCAAAUAUCAGCUGUUCCUCAACAACGAGCACAGGACCAACGGGUUGAGUGGCAGGGAUGCAGAUGGUCCAGGAGGCGGCGGGACAGUGGGGGAGAACGGCCCCAGGUUGGCCCCAUGGGAGACCAACCGGCUGGGGCUGAACCACUAUAGGGGGUCCCUGGAGUCUCUGGCCUCGCGGGACUGGGACUCUACUUCUGACAGGUUUGGUGUUGACAGCCCACCCAGGGUCUUCAACAGUCCCUACGCCACCACCGCCUCCAUGGACUACAACCCCAUGUACCGGAUGUCCGAGUUCAAGGUCACAGGUGGACUGUCUCCUUCCACCUCAGAGAUGAACCUGUACGGCUUCAACAGCCGCAGCACCAGUCCGGUGCCCACUCCCACCCUCACCACCCCCCGGCCCAGAUUCUCCGCCUACGACACUCUGGUGAAGAGGAGGAACGAGGUCGUCAACCAUACUGUGGCACCCACCCACUACAGCAUGCGCUCUAACACUCUGGGGGCGCCCAAUAAAAAAGACUACAUAGAGGAGCUGACCAGACAGAUGGACACUAUCCAGAAGCGUAACCAGUUCCUGGAGGCAGAGAGCGUGGAGAUGGAGAAGGAGAGGAACCAGAUAAGGUUUGAGAUGCGCGGCCUGCUGGUGAACAACGAGGACCUGCUGAGGACCAACACUCAGCUGACCAAUGAGAUGAAGAGGAUGAGAGAGCAGAUGAUAGAGAUGGACAGAGAGCACCAGGCCAUGGGCGAGAGAUACAGAGACAUGGAGAUUGAGGUGAAGGUGGCCCGGGACCAGAUGGUGGAGGCCAACACUCAGGAGUACGCCUUCAAUUUUCUCCAGCAGUCCCUCAAAAACAAAAUCCAGGAUGCUGAGGAGAACCUGGAGAAGCAGACGCAGCAUGCACAGAAUCUGUCUGAGAAGUUGUGGCAUGCAGAGAGACAGCUGGAGGAGCUGGAGAUCCACAAAGACAGCAGAGACAAGAGGACAUCUGAACUCAACGAGACCAUCAUGAGGCUGGAGACAGAGCUGGCCGAGGCCCUGCAGGUGUCCACGCAGGCUGCAGCUGAGGUGAACCUGCACCAGAAGCUGCGUGAGGACGGCCAGCAGAGGGUGGAGGAGCUGGAGGAGACUCUGCUGGAGAAGGAGCAGGAGGUGCAGAGACUGCAGGGCAUCGUCAGCAGACUGCAGGGAGAGGUCUCUGGUAAACUGAUUGAUAAGGAGCGGACACUGGAGGAGGAGAUCCAGCUGAGGGAGAGGAUACAGCUGCAGUGUAAGCAGGCAGAGAGGACCGUGGACGACCUCCACAUGGAGCUGCAGAGCACCAACCAGGCCAAAGAAGACCUGGCCAAACAAGUCAAACAGGCUCAGGAGAAGCUGAUCGACCUGGAGAGCGAAGUGGAGGAGCUGCAUGACAGCGAGCAGAGAUGGGCCGCCAAACACAAGAGAGCUCUGGAACAGACUGAGCAACUGCAGCAGAAACUGAUCCAGGAGAAAGAUCUGAACGACCAGCUGGAGAUUGAGAGGACCAGCAUGGAGAGACAGCUGCGUGAGCUGCGUUUGGAGGUGGAGGAGCUUCAGAGCUCCAGAGUUCAGGAGGAUGUCAUCUCCAGAGCUGAGGCCAGAGUCAAAGACCUGGAGAACAAUCUGAGGACCGAGGAGAGGAACAAGGCUGUUCUCACAAACACCAUCAAUAAACUGGAGAGGAGGAUCAACGAGCUGAGCGAUCAGAUGGAGGAGGAACACAGGAUAGCUAAUGAGCAGAAAGAACUGAUGACCCAGAGGAUCCGCUCUCUGAAGCGGCAGCUGAACGAGGCGGAGGAGGAGGCGAGCAGGAGGGAUACGCAGUACCGCCACACCCAGAGAGAGCUGGCCGAGGAGAGGGAGACCAGCGGCCGGCUGCAGAGGCAGCUGCUCGACCAACACAUGCUGACAAAGCGUAAGGAGACUCUGACCAUCCGUCAGACUCUGGAUAACCUGAGGUUGGACCUGAGUGUCGACGAUGAAGACGACGAUCAGACGGCCCAGGAUGAAACAACCACUGUCACCAAAGUCUAAAUCCUCACACUCCACACAUCCUGCCAUUACAACAGGCUACAUCUUUACAAUGACAGCCACCAUUUUAUUACAGUAAUCUGAAAGUUGUACAACACUAAAUCCAUUCUUCCAAACCCAAAAGUCCACCAGGAUCUUUACCUUUACCACUGUUGUUUAUGUUAAAUGUUCAACAUCAACAUUGUCCUAAUAACCUCCUAGAAAGUAUCCUGGAAAUAACUAUGUAGUGUGACAUUAAUUCUAGAAACAAAAAAGAGAUACAAUUAUAAAUUUGUCUUGAAAUAUCAUCUCCAUAUAUGUUGAAUUGUCUUCUCUAAAAUUUGUAUCAAAUGACAUAGUUGCCAUCGCCCUCUCCUGGUGACUGUUAGGAAUUACAACAGUAAAUCAUUUACAUGAUAAGAUCCCAUUGAGCAUUGUAGAGAGAUUGAUUAAGAUUUACUGUCAGUGUGGCAGACACAUCAAUCCACCUUCUAACAAUGAAGUCAAAUGCCUCUUUUGACAUCUUAAACAUCGCCUUUUCUUCUUUUCUAUUACAUAGAAUAUUAAAUAGAAUCAUGGUCUGCUUGUGUGCCAAAGGAAAUAAAUGUGCAGGAGCUUGCUAACAAAUAUAAAGGGAACAAGAGUGACAUGAGGUUUUGAUAAAGGUGCGUUUUUUGUGUCUAGUUGCUUUUAAAAUGAGCUUUAAACAACCGGAAAUACAUUCCGAAGUGUCAAUUUUCUCCAUUAAGUCUGAAUGGACACUUUUAAAGGAAUACUUUUCUUGCUUCCACGGUGAACAAGAAUCCAAAAGUUGAGUAGGGGAGACCGGGUAUGGUUGUCUCAGCACCUUUAACCCUCUGGGGUCUGAGCCUAUUUUGGCCGUUUUUGAAUACUUUUGAUUUUGCCCUUCAUGUACCAUAAAAAAAAAGUUUACUAUACCCAUAUUUGGUAUCCAUUUUUUCUUCACCUAUCUAAUCUGACAAUAAUUUUUUCACUUUAACCAACUUUAUCAACGUAUUGAGCCCAAAAAUACACAAAAAUCAUGAAAUCCAAGUUGAAAAAUUAUACUAUUUACAACAAUAAAAACCACAAAUUUGCUCAAUGAACUGUUUUGGAACUUGGAAAUAUAAACAUAGGAUGCAAAUAUGAACAUAUAAAAACGUAAAAUUUAAGUAUAAUAAAACUAUAUACAAAAAAGUCCAAUAAAAACACGUAUAUUUAUAGGCAUUUUUUUUUACUCCUUGUUAGCGGCAACUCUUCAAAACAAACUAUGUGCAAAAUUACACAGAGAGCUACACUAACGCUCAAAUAUUUCUGUACUAUCAAAUUAAAACUAUAAUAUCUUUGGUUUUACAUGACUUAGGAUUGUCAAGGUUAAAUGUUUUUUUGUUAAACGUCACAUGAUCUGAUCAGGACAGCACGAUCAUAGACCCCAGAGGGUUAAGUAACUCUAUUUUUAUGUUAGGGCUCUUAACUUGUGGUGUAAAGUACCUCUUUUUUUCUACAACAAAUGGCAAUGCUUUCAAUUUCUCCAACUAUAUCACAGAAUUAAAAAAUGGAUGGUUUCAUUGUUACAACUGUACCUGGUCUCCCCUAUAUUUAUGAGAACCUGGUCUCACAGGAAUCCGUGAAAUAGCCAACGAUUCGCUUAACUCAAAAUCCGUGGAAUAGCCACAGAAUAACUCAAAUUUCCGUGAAACUGACACGGAUUUUGCUACAAUGCAAGUUAAUGACAGUCAUAUCCCGUGGCUAUUCCAUGGACAUUUUUUCCUAUUGGUUUGUUCCAAGUCACUAGACUUUCAAGGUUCCGGCGGUCAGAACUAAAAACAUGGCGGACAGUUCUCUCAUUUUUAGUGAAAAAAUAUCAAUAUUUUGACUUAGUUUCUGAAUGAAAAUGGAUUUUGAUCACAUUUCUAGCGAGAAAUAUAUGAUUUAUUUUCUAAAUAUUCACUCAGUGAAUGUACAUAAUCACUUUGUAUGUUGGAAUAGCCACGGGAUAUGUCAUUAACUUGCAUUGUAGCGAAAUCCAUGUCAGUUUCACGGAAAUUUGAGUGUUUCCGUGGCUAUUCCACGGAUUUUGAGUUAAGCAAAUCCGUGGCUAUUUCACGGAUUCCUGUGAGACCAUGUUGAUUUAUGAUGAGUAGAAAAUAUCAUCCAGUCACUACGUCUAAAACACGUAUUUUUGCCAAAAUCUUACUGUUUAAAACACACUGGCUCCUUGUGAAUUUCACAGACUUCUCUGAUUUUGCAGCGUUUCAUUUUAUUUGGUGGAGUUUGCUGACAGUUCUUUUAUAAAGAGGGGUUUUCCAUGUUAGAAGCUUGGUUUGGUUUAACAUGUGUAACAUAUUAAUCUGCAGUAUUUGAACAUAUUCCACGCUGGUUGUUGACAUAUUACACAGUAAUCACAUACAACUGCAGAAGGAGGAGAAGGGAUCUAUGGAUGUGACUCUAGCUGUUGUUGAUUCACACAGAAAUAAUUAAGAGAUUAUUUAUAUUUUUUGUGUUUGUUGUUUUUAUGAUUUGAAGAUUAUUGCAUUUUCUGUAUUUGUAAUUGUUUGCGGGGCAAAAAAUAAUUUUAGAGAAUGAAAUGUAUGAUUUUAAAGUGUAGGUUUAGGUAUUUUAGGGGGUUUGCUGCUGUAUCGAUGUACCUUACUGGGCCUCCCACAUACAGUAUCUGUUCAUGGAUGAGAUUUAAGGGAUACAUUUUUUUAGUGUCAGCAAAGAGAAAAAAAGAAAAGAGAGUCUCAUUCACACAUGCAUUAAUCUGCAUCUAUAUUUUUAUCCAAAUUAACCAAAAACUAAAAUAAUAUUUACUGAAAAUGAGACGUUUUAGCUCUCAGAAGUAGAAUAAAUGUUUGAUCUGAGAUGUGUGUUAAUGCAAAGCGUGAAAGAGGAAAAAAAAAAAAGAUUAUUGUGUUAGAAACACAGUUUGUAUUCUAUGUGGUUUUCUGUACCAUCUGUUAAAUGUUCUGUAUGCUCUUUUAUGAGGAAAUGUUUGGAAGAAAACAAAGCGCACAGACAGAACCAAACAAGGUUGGGUUGUAAAGUUCAAAUCAUCAGUUAAAAAAUGUAUCCUCAAAUAUUGACAAAAAAAAAAAAAGGUUAUCAUCAUAUCUGAUUGUGUAAAUUGAACCCAGCCCUGUUGGACGUCUGUCAUAAACGCAAGAAGCUAAAAUUCAGAUACAGUUUGGAUUCUCAGUUAUGU